ACUGCCUCGUUGGGUCUAGCGGUUUAGUUAGUUUCUCCUUACUUCCGCCAUGUCCGAGGUCGCGCUCCCCGCUCCAGCUGCUUCCACUCCCCCUGAGAAGCCUUCAGCUGGCAAGAAGGCGAAGAAACCUGUGAAGGCUGCAGCAGCCGCCAAGAAGAAACCCGCGGGCCCUUCAGUUUCGGAGCUGAUUGUGCAAGCCGUUUCCUCCUCUAAGGAGCGCAGCGGUGUGUCCCUGGCCGCGCUGAAGAAGGCGCUGGCAGCCGCUGGCUACGAUGUGGAAAAGAACAACAGCCGCAUCAAGUUGGGUCUUAAGAGCCUAGUGGGCAAAGGCACCUUGGUGCAGACCAAGGGCACCGGCGCCUCGGGUUCUUUCAAGCUCAACAAGAAAGUAGCCUCCGUGGAUGCUAAGCCCAGCGCCACAAAGGUGGCAACGAAAACCAAGGUAACAAACGCUUCUAAGAAGCCCAAGAAGGCCACUGGGGCGGCUGCUACUAAGAAAGGUGUGAAGACUCCAAAAAAGGCUAAAAAGCCUGUGGCGACAAAGAAGUCCUCCAAGAGUCCUAAGAAGCCCAAGGCUGUGAAGCCUAAGAAAGUAGCCAAGAGCCCUGCCAAAGCCAAGGCUGUGAAACCCAAAGGGGCCAAAGUAAAGAUAACCAAGCCAAAGACCGCUGCCAAACCCAAGAAGGCAGCACCCAAGAAGAAGUAAGAGUUCCGUUGGAAGCUGCUUCCAAUAA